AUGGAGCUCUGGAAGCAGCUGAGGCAGGCUGGACUGGUGCCCCCGGGGCUGGGCCCACCCCCGCGCGCCCUGAGGGGAGUCCCCCCAGCGGAGCAGGUGGGUCAGACCCUCGCAUCCCCAGAGGCUGGCGCUGGAGGUGCCAGGGAGAGUCUGCUGUGGAUCUGGGAGGAGCUGGGGAACCUCCGCCGAGUGGAUGUCCAGCUGCUGGGCCAGCUGUGCAGCCUGGGACUGGAGAUGGGGGCACUGCGGGAGGAACUGGUGGCCUUCCUGGAAGAGGAGGCAGAGGAGAACACCGAGGAAGAGGAGGAGGACAGAGAGCUGAAAGGGAAACUGGAGGGAGCCUACAGUCCAGUCCCCGGCCACCACCGCCCCCCUGACUUUGAGAUGACUAUCUGA